CAGGACGGAUAGGAAAUCUGCGUGCACGUGAGCGGGCCGGCCGUGACGUCAUAAGCCGGUGCCUGUAAAAUGAAGUGACCUUUCUCUGCGUCCGCCACAAUCUGCCUGUCAGCCGAGAGACUCAGCUUCACGACCAGGGACCUCGAGAGAUUUUAACGAAAAGCUGAUUAUGGGAGACGUGGAUAAAGGAAAGAAGGUAUUCGUCCAGAAGUGUGCUCAGUGCCACACAGUAGAGGAGAAUGGCAAGCACAAGGUGGGCCCCAACCUUUGGGGUCUGUUCGGACGCAAGACCGGACAGGCUCCUGGCUUCUCUUACACGGACGCCAACAAGAGCAAAGGUAUUGUGUGGGGUGAAGACACCUUGAUGGAGUACCUGGAGAACCCCAAGAAGUACAUUCCUGGAACCAAAAUGAUCUUCGCUGGCAUCAAGAAGAAGGGAGAGCGCCAGGACCUCAUCGCAUACCUUAAAUCUGCAACAUCAUGAACACAUAAUCACAAUCAGAAUAUUUAAUGUCCUUUUACUGUUUUAUUUUUUUUUUCUGAUAUUUUAAAUAUUGACGGUUUAAUGUUAAGUCAUUUAUGGAGAAGGCAUGUAGGAAUACUGGUUUUCAAGUAUCACCUUAUCUUCAGAAAUUGAGAUGCGAGCAGUUGUUCAAGUGUCCAAACAUAAAACUAGUUUUAUUUUUCCAGUGAAUCUGUACUAGCAAAUACUAAUCACAUUAUUUAAAACAGACAGCUGUGAUGGGUUGUCUGACCUGUCAUUCAUUCUGUUUUCCAUCACAACACAUUUGUGGUACUACAUGUUAGAGCUCCAUUUUUAAAAUUAUAAUAAUAAUAAUAAAAAAAUAACCUGUUAAAUGAAGUGAUCCGGUGUGGGAAGGUUUUUGGUGGUUUACUGGUGCUGACUUAUCUGCUCCCAGUGUUCAUGCCUGGUAGAGUUUCUGACCUCAACAAGGUUUGACAGAAACACUCACUUGCCAUGAAUACUCUUCAGAUAUCUGACUGAACUUGGAGAGUACCUUACAUGCUCUAAUACUUCUGAAGCAGCCCCCUCUGAGCUCCAGCUUUUACCCUUAGCCCGUCAUCAGACUCGGUACAAGUUUUUAAAAAAAACAUGCCCUGGCGCUGUUGCCUGCCUCCUACCUGCCUAAGAACUGUUAGGUGUGAACGUCUAUCGAUGCCUUUUUAAAGCUGCCACCAUGCUGAGAUGCCGUGUGAAAUCGGCAGACAACAUUGUGAUGCUACUGUAUCGUGUAGGAGAAUUGUUGUGGGCAACAUCUGGAGUGACAAGAUGUUAUUGUUACCUGGUUUCACAGGCCUGAAUGAAUGUCAUUUUAACUUAUUUUACUGUAAUCUGUUUAGAUGGGGCUGCUUGCAGUCUGUGCACACGCGAUAUAUCUGUAUGCAUUUAAACAUUUCUGCAAUGUGGUAGCUAUGUUGUGUGGUUGUGGACAGGAUGGUGAAAGGAUCGAUUAAAAGAAAACGUCCAGAAAUGUGA